AGUCUAAGUAAAGUAGAAGAUAUCAACAUGGCAAUAGACAAGAUAAAUACUAAACAAGGCAUCAAUAUAGAGCAAAUCAAGCAAGUUAAUGAGGCUACAUUAACUAAAUGGAUACAAAUAGCAAAGU